AGCUCUUGCAACACAGCUCUACCAGAAACAGCUCUGAGUUCAGGUGUUUUCUCCCCAAGUGCAGUUGAGUGACAAUGUCCAACCGUUGAAGAGUGAUUUAAAGGUCUCGUUCAGCUUUGACUUACGGAACAAUUUACAAUAGCCUAUACAAUUUUGUAUCUAGCAGACGCUCUUACUCCAGAGAGACGCACAAAGACUUUACUUGUUUACCUCGCAUCCACACAUCCUAACGUGCCCUCUUCAUGCUGGCAGGAUGAAGCAGAACGUCCGCGCCAUGGCGGCCGGCUGUCCCGCGGAGCUCUGCCCGGGCUCCCGGGCCAGUUCGGAGGGGGACCUGAAGGCCCCGGCGGCGGAGAAGAUGCAGAUGAAGAAGGAGAUCUCGCUGCUCAACGGCAUCUGCCUGAUCGUGGGGAACAUGAUCGGCUCGGGCAUCUUCGUCUCGCCCAAGGGCGUGCUGAUGUACAGCGCCUCCUACGGGCUGUCGCUGGUCAUCUGGGCCCUGGGCGGCAUCUUCUCCGUGUUCGGGGCGCUCUGCUACGCUGAGCUGGGCACCACCAUCACCAAGUCGGGCGCCAGCUACGCCUACAUCCUGGAGGCCUUCGGGGGCUUCGUCGCCUUCAUCCGCCUGUGGACCUCCAUCCUCCUCAUCGAGCCCGCCAGCCAGGCCAUCAUCUCCAUCACCUUCGCCAACUACCUGGUGGAGGGGAUGUACCCCACCUGCCAGCCUCCCUACGACGCCAUCAGGCUCAUCGCCGCCGCCUGUCUCUGUAUGCUGAUCUUUAUUAACUGUGCCUAUGUUAAGUGGGGCACAUUCGUCCAAGACAUCUUCACUUACACCAAAAUCAUGGCCCUCAUUUUGGUCAUCGUUGUGGGACUCAUGAAAGUAUCACAAGGAGAGACUAAGAAUUUUGAGAGUCCGUUUGAGGGGUCCACCACAGACGCAGGGAACAUCGCCCUGGCUCUGUACUCCGCCCUCUUCUCCUACUCUGGCUGGGACACUCUCAACUUUGUCACUGAGGAGAUAAAGAACCCUGAACGAAACCUGCCUCUGGCCAUUGCCAUCUCCAUGCCCAUCGUGACGCUGAUCUACCUGCUGACCAACGUGGCGUACUACGCGGUGCUGGACAUGCCCUCCCUGCUGGCCAGCGAUGCUGUCGCCGUGACUUUCGGGAACGCAGUCCUGGGACCGGCAAAGUGGAUCAUUCCCAUUUCCGUGGCGAUCUCCUGCUAUGGAGGUCUGAACGCCUCCAUCAUUGCUGCUUCCAGGCUGUUUUUCGUGGGGGCGAGGGAAGGACACCUCCCAAACAGUCUGAGCCUCAUCCAUGCCGAGCGCUACACCCCGAUCCCAGCCCUCCUCUUCAACGGAGUGAUGGGACUGAUCUUCCUGUGUGUGGAGGACGUCUUCCGUCUCAUCUGUUACUUCAGCUUCAGCUACUGGCUGUAUGUGGGCCUGUCUGUGGCCGGGCUCAUCUACCUGCGCUUCACUCAACCCGACCGGCGCCGGCCCGUCAAACUCUCCCUCUUCUUCCCCUUCGUGUACUGCCUGUGCAGCGUGUUUCUGGUGGUCGUCCCGCUGUAUGGGGACACCGUUAACUCUCUGAUCGGUGUGGGCAUUGCGCUGUCUGGAGUGCCGGUGUACUACGUGGGAAUUUACCUGCCCGAGGAGAGGAGGCCCAAAUUCAUCAGCCGAAUAAAUGCGGCGGUCACCAGGUACACGCAGAUGCUGUGCUACUGCUGCCUGACGGAGCUCGACACGGAGCCCAGCAAGACCCAGUGAUGUCACGGGCCCGCCCGCAUGUGCACCAAUCCCCGGAGGGACCCCGAGGAACAGUUCUCCUCUCCGUCACCAAGUGGGUGUGUGAUGGGCGGAGUGCUACCCCCACUUCUGGCCCGCACUGUGCAUCAUGCUCUCCAGCUUUCUUCCUUU